UCAGUUCCUCUGACUUGCACGGCUUGGAAGAAAUCAUCUAUUAAUCAUUUAUUUACUUAUUCUGUGAGAUGUGUGAUAUUAACAGACCUUUUCUCUUUUUUUACAGAUUUAUUGCUGCUGAACUUCUCUGCGCUCUGCAAGAUCUGCACGGACGUGGUAUCAUUCAUAGAGACUUGAAACCCGCCAACAUACUGCUUGACGGCACCGGCCAUGUAAAACUCGCAGACUUUGGCCUUUCUAUAGUUGAUGUGUUUGGAUCCAAGAAAGUGUAUAGUUAUUGCGGUAGUGAAGACUAUAUGGCACCAGAGAUUCACCAAAGAAAACCCUACGAUGCUACGGUCGACUAUUAUGCACUUGGUGUUAUCCUGUUUGAAAUGGCCACAGGAGAAGAAGCAGAAUUAGCCAAAUGCAGGAAAUCACUCUAUCCAAAGAACAUUGACCCUGACCUUCGAGAUGUCAUUGAGAAAGUAAGUAUAGAUAGUCUAGAAUUAGAAUUAUCCAAGAGCUAUAGGUCCUGAGCGUUGUUUAUUAAAAAGGCUCUUCUGCAUUGAAGAGGGAAGCUUGCAGAAAGUUCUCUAGCAUGUAGUACAUUACCAGAUCCUGUAUGUCGGCUACCUGGUCCCCCACUGUGCUCUGUGAUUCCUUUCACCAGCCCCCACAUCAUUACUA